AUGGCGGGGUUCUUGCUUCCUCACGACAACUCGUCAACCUCAAACACUCCUUUGUUUACUUUUCACAACGGUGCCAAUACUCCAAAUCGUAUUCAGCCAGCUAUUCCGCAAAUCAAUAUUACCAGUGCACCAAUACUAUCACCAGCACUCGAAGCCAUUGACAAUAUGAAGGACAAUAUUAACACUCCUAACGCUACAAGCAAACAGACGUCGUCUAAUACUCGUACAGCUCCUCGAAUGAAUCGCAACACUUCGUCCAUCAUUCAACUACCAUCGAACAGUAGCUUCACUCCGAAACCGUCCUUAUUUAAUGGACCUGCUUCCUCUUCAAAAGCCAAACCAUUGCAGCAAGCCCUAGUACCACAAGGAUGGCAGAAUGUAUUCGCAGCAGCAGUACCCGCCACAAAUGCUGCGCCAAAGAACGGAGUUCAAGACUUGCAAGCUCUCUUGGCAUCAGGCCUCGGAAGCGGAAAUGAUGCUCAUUUCGCUGGUACAUUGGUACAGAUUGCCAACGUACUGCAACACAAGUCGCGAGAACGUGAUGCGGAUAUGGAGUCGCUGAGCCAAGAACUGCAUGGAGCAAAAGCUUUGAUAUCACGCCAAGCUGAUACCAUGGACUUGGUAGGCAACAACGCCUUUAUGGUGAUGGAGCUCUUUCAAGUGAGCAAGAAACGGGCUGAGAUCAACAGAGUUCGAUUGGAUUGCCUGAAGAAGAGUAUGCAAAUGCUUCAGCUUGUUGUCAAAGAUCAGGCAUCAAGUAUUGAAGAAUCCGAAAAGUCUCACAAGCGAGUUGUAACAAAGUUGGAAGAAGUAGAAAAAGAAAAUGCAACUCUGAGUAUAGACCAAGAGAAGCAGUCAAAACGAGUAGAUUUGGCAGAAGAGAAGGCUCGAGCUGCACUGUCAGCAUUAGAGCAGCAAGGAACAGCUCAUGCUCAACACGUUCAAUCCGUCACUGCUCAGCUCGAUCAAUUUCUUCAAGAGCGACAAAGACUGCAGAAUCAGUAUGAAAAAUUGAGCAAUGAGUCUCAAGCUCUUCAAAAUGCUUUGCAGGAAGAAUUGGAAGCCGCUCGUCAGCAUGCCUCAGAAGAGCAAUCCAAGAAUGUUUUACUAUCCGAAGAACAUAUUGCCAAACUUACUGACUUGGAAGCACGAUUAUCGAAGUCUGAGGAGGAAUGCACAACCUUGUCAUCAGCACUGUCGCAAAAUCGUGAACGAAUUCACGAAUUGCAACGUGAUCUCGAGAAAUCACAAGAAGAAGGCGUUGCUACUGCUGGCUCGCUGGCAGAUUGCGAAGCUGCUCUUCGUAGUUCUCAUGUUGAAAAAGAAAACUUGGCUGAAGAACUUCACAACGUUAAGGAAUCUUCAAACGAGAAAAUACGUGCCUUGGAAGCUACAUUGCAGGCAUUGACCUUGGAUACUGAAAAUGCAAUGUCUAUAGCUGAUAGGGCUGCUGAAGAUAAAGAUCAGAUGUUGAAAUGGACUGAAGCUCAAUUGAGUCAGGCUGUGGAUCAGAUAAAGAAGUUGGAGGGGCUUCUAUCUGAUACUGAACAAAGACUUGCGCAAGUCAAGCAGUCUGCCCAAAAUCAGGAAACAAAUUAUACGCAACUUGUCCUAUCGCUUGAGCAGGAAGUUGUUUCUCUCAAAAAAUCCGUUCAAAGUCAAUCCAUAUCCUUUGAAGGUCAAAAGGCAAACUUUGAUACUGUUUUACAAGAACAUUGUGAAAGCUACGAGAAGCUCAAGACCGAUUCCAAAGCUGAAUGUGAUCGUCUUGACAAUCUUUGUCAACAAAAGGAGCAUUUAUUACAACAACAGAUUCAACGAACGGCUGCUAUCAAAACCAACAAUGCUGAACAACAUUUGCUGGUCUUCCGUGAUUUGGAAUUCAAACUGGAUGCAUGUCAAGCAUCUCUGGAGGAAGAACGUCACAAGGUCUCACGUAUUCAGCUGGAGCAGGACGAUGCAUCUCGACAACUCCUAGCAAUCAAAGGACGAAACAAUGAAUUGUCGCUCCAAGUCUCUGAGUCGGAAGCUCGUGUUGUUUCUCUUCAGUUGGAGAAGGACGAUGCAUCCCGACAAAUCCUAGCAAUCGAAGAACGAAACAAGGAAUUGUCGCGUCAAGUCUCCGAGUCGGAAGCUCUUGUUGUUUCUUUACAGUUGCAAAAGGACGAUGCUUCCCAAGAAAUCCUAGCAACUCAAGAACGAAACAAUGAAUUGUCGCUCCAAGUGUCUGAGUCGAAAGCUCGUGUUGUUUCUCUUCUAUCUGAAGUGGCGACAUUGCAAGAGAAGAAUUCCGAGAGCCAAAAUCUCAUUGCACAGCUUGAGAAUCGCUAUGAAACCUUGGAGAUGGAUAACUCUCGACUAUCUGGAGAAUCCACCGCUACUACUGAGAAGCUCCAACACCAAGUGUUAGUCUUUCAAGAGAAGAAUGCUGAAUCGCAGUCUCUCGUUUCACGAUUGCAGGAACGAAUUGCUGUUCUUGAGGCUGAGGUUCACGCAAAAGAACAGUCUACUGGCAUUGUAUCCAAAGCCAAAGCAGACUUGGAAUCUGACUACAAGUCAAAGUACGAGCAAGCCAUCAACUAUAGAACUGCUCAGCAUAAUGCGGAUAUGGCCAAGGUCAAUGCAAAGUUGGAGGCAGCGAAUAGAGAAAAAGCACAAUACUUUAAGGAAAAGGAAACUCUUUUAAAGAGCAUGGAAUCAUUGACUAUGGAGAAGAAGCAAUCGGAAGAGCUACAGGCAACGUUACUGGCUUCUCAGGGGAAUUUAGACCAACAAACUCAAGUCAUUGCUGGACUACAAGCUCAGCUUGCCAGUCUUCGAGAACAGAAAAUGAGUGCAGAAGCUAAUCGAGACUCGCUGGCUCAACGAAAUCGUGAAUUGAAUGACUCCACAAGUCGAUUGACAGCUGACCUCGCCUCUCUUGGUUUGGAGCUUGAACGAAUGAGGGCCCUUCAAGCAAAGUCUCCUCUGUCUUCGAGAGAGAACAGCAAGACACGAUCAUCACGAAAUCAAACCUCAGGACUACUCAUGUCAUCUGAACAAGACCACAAUGGGUCAAAGUCAAAUCUUUCUGACAUAGGAGUACGACUGCAAGAUAUUGAUCGAAAUGGCCAUACCAUGUCUCAGACUGCAUCUCGCGACCAAGAACAAGCCAUCAAACGUCACGCCAGCAAUCGCCCUAUGAGGCAAUUGCCUGGUCCACCCACGUUUGCCAGCCUUCCUAAACAUAUCGAACAGGAAGUUGGUGCCACAAACCUGAAACGUCGUCGUGGUGCAGAUAAGCUGCAAAUUAAAAGCACCAUCUCCCAAGGAGAUGACGAGCAUUCUUUUGAUUCUGAAGAUGGAGAACACCGUUCUCAUCGUCGCUACAAAUCAGGAAUGGCUGAACUGAUCGGUAGCUCUGGAAAACUUCCAGCAUACACUCAGAUUCAAAAUGACAACGACGAUGAUUUUGAUGAUCGUGGUGCGGCCAAGAAGCCUCGCUCAAAGAUUCCAACAAUGAAUCCACAAUCGUUGAGAGGAGCUCCCCAACGCACGAGCCCUCCUCUGAAAAAAGCUACUCGAUCUCAAACAGCCUCUCAACAACCACCAAAAUUUCCCACCAAUACAAGAACUGUUGCCGAUAGCAAAAAGCAGACUGUUCGUAGUACUGCAGCUAGGCUCAAAUCUGCAAAGAAGACCCACGAAAGCAGUAAGGAUGAUGCUGAGGAUGGUGGUGGUCUUGGUGAUAUUGGUGCUCUAUUGAACAAAACGCAUGAGAUUGCCAAGGCUGUCAAUACUUAUGGACGUGGUCGUGGAGGAAAGAGGCCUCGUGUGAAGGUUGUCUCUGUCACUUCAAAUUCAGUCGAUAUGACAACAGCGACUUAUCGAGGGCAAGCUCGAAAGCUUCCUCAACUACUUGGACAGAUUGCUGUCGCUCAGAAUGCUCCAUUGGCUCAACGACAAUUCGCAGCAGUCACAUUGAAGAACUAUGUAGAUGUUCACUGGACUUCAAAAGCAGACAACUUUGUCGAGCCAGAGACAUCUCCUGAGGUCAAGCAACUUCUUCGAGAUGGGUUGAUUCACGGAUUAGGAGAUCCUCAAACAAAAAUCCGAGUUGCAGUCGCCAAUGUGGUAUCCAAAAUAGCUCACGUCGACUGGCCAGAACUAUGGCCUAAUCUAUUUGAGCAACUCUUGGCUCAUCUUGACAGUGGACACGUUGAUCGUGUGCAUGGUGCUAUGAGAGUCUUGACGGAGUUUGUCAGAGAUGAUAUUACCAUUGACGCUCAAUUUCCAACGCUUGGGCCGCUGCUCUUACCACCUUUACUCAGGGUGUACGAACCACGAGUUCGAGCUAGAUCAAUCGUCAUCUUUCGUGAAUUGGUAAAUUUACUCUACCUUGUGUAUGAACAGCAACAACAAGAAGGUAGAGUGGAUGCAUGGCUGACGACUCAUACGACUGGAUGGUUGGAAUGCUUUGCUCACCUGUUGGCAAACCCGUCAACACCAACUGAAGAAAUAUUCCUCAAGUUGGAGGUUAUGCGAACGCUCGACAAGAUGGAAGAGCUGUUUCCAAAAUAUAUGUCUCCGUACCUUCCGUCUAUAAUGGGUCUAGUAUCAAAUCACAUAUCAGCACUAUGUGAUCAAUACGUAAUAGAGACAGUCAAUCCAACAAAUGACUCAGGCACAGGCCCAGAAGUAGUCGACUCAGAAGGUGAAGUCGUUGGAUUGACCACAUUGCUCCAUUCCAUAUUUGAAUUCGUGGAAGGAGUCUCGAAAAAGAAGGUCCUACGAUCAAUGUUUACCACGUCUACCAAGAAGGGCAGCCAAGGAGCAUCAGCUGCACCCUUCUUGAAGGAGCUUUCUAAGUUUAUGUUGACUUAUAUGCAAAUCACUCAGAGCCAGGAGGAGAGUUGGGAGAACGAUGUCAAUCAAUUUGUGCAAGAUGAUGAGGAAGAAACAUAUUCAUUUACUAUUCGAGUCGCCAUACAAGAGCUGCUUCUCAACUUGGUGGACACUUUCAGAGAAGAAACCACGCAAGCCAUAACGGCAGCUGUCGUAUAUCAAAUCGAUAUCGCAAACGAACGAAAGAAUUCUGGCUCUCCCGCAUGGUGGAAGAUCCACGAAUCAUGUCUGUUGACUCUUGGACGCAUAGCUGAACCACUCGUCGAAGGGUUCACUUCAAAUUCCCUGCAAUUUGACUUGGCUGGAUUCCUUGAUCAAGUAGUAUUACCAGACUUGAACCAAAGUGAAUUCCCAUACCUACAAGGCCGUGCAUUGUGGUUCACGAGCCAAUUGGCUUCGUCUCUUCCCAAGAAUGUGCUACCAAAUUAUAUAUCUGCAGCAGUGGAAGCAUUGAAUCGUAGUCCAUCAGUGGCUGUCCAGAUCUUUGCAUUGAAGGCUAUCAACAAUUUCUGCCAUGAUGUCGAUGACGUGUCAGUGAUGAAGCCAUUCCAACAAAGCAUCCUAGAAGGCCUGGUCGCCUUGUCGAAUGAUGCAAGCGAAGAUACUAUGACGCUGAUUCUGAAUUGCUUGAACUACGCCAUCAAGAUCGACAUAUCUAGAGCUGGACAAAUUGUGGCACCGUUAGCAGAAUUCCUGGUACGGGUCUGGAAACAAUACAAAACAGAUCCCAUAGUGUCUGAAAGCGUAUUAGAAAUCAUCGAAGUCUUGGCGUCAAACGCGGAAAUUACGAUUGCUCUUCAGAAUAGUAUGGUUCCAAGUGUGAUGCAGAUCAUGGCUAGUGAAAAGGCGCUCUUAUUACCUGGAAUUCAAGCGACUGGAAUCGAUGUUCUCAAAGCACUUCUCGGUCCAAACAGUGGUCCAGUCUCGCCGCUGUAUAGUCAAUUCUUUCCUGAUUUGAUGGGGCUCUUCUUGCAUUCGGAAGAUACCGCCAUUCUGCAAAAUGCCGCUGGCUUUUUACGCUCCUUAUUGCAACGAGAUAUGUCAGUCAUAAUCGAUUGGUCAAGUCCCGAUGCCAAUGGAUUGCAAUUGGCCAUGUCAUUCCUGGCAAAAUUGUUGAAUCCAAAUGCAUCAGAAUCAGCUGGAUUGUUUCUGGGGGAUUUGAUCAUCAAGUUCAUCCAAAAGGCUGGUCAGCACAUCGCACCCGUGCUUCACCAACUCUUAUCCGCUAUCGCAUUUCGACUAUCUACGGCUCAGUUGCCGACAUUCAUUCAAUCACUCGUAUUGGUGUUUGCUCAUCUCAUCAAGACUCAACGCGAUGAUGUUGUAAUAUUCCUUGCUGCUUUGAACAUUGAAGGAGUAUCUGCCUUGGAGAUCUUUGUCAAAGCUUGGUGCGAAAACUUCUCGGAGUUCACAGGAUAUUACCCUUUGAAACUCAAUGCUACAGCCAUGUCUCAACUCUUCCAAAGUACCGAUCCACGAUUGCAUUCUAUUAUGGUGAAGGGUGAUGAGAUUGUGACUGAUGAGCGAAUCCGAACAAGGUCGUCUACAAAGAAAGCGCCGCAUCAAUUUACGACGAUUCCAUUCUCUGCCAAAGCCAUCAAACUCCUACUCACCGAAUUGAUGCAAAAUGUCGAGUCAAACAUGGGGAAACCCUCAGCACUCAGACUUGCCAUGAUGGGUACAAUUGGUGGAAUGGUUGGAGAGUCUGACGAUGUGACCUCGGAUAGUGAUGAAGAGGAUGAAGGUGAAGAGGAAGGCGAAGACGACUGGGAAGACGUUGAUGAAGGCAAGAAUGGCGACUCUGAACUGAGGUUACUCUCUGAUUUCGCUGACAGGAACGACUUUGAAGAUGAGGAUGAUUUGGAUCUGCGCUCAGAUCCUAUCUAUCAAUUGGACCUCAAGGAGUAUCUCGUCACAUUCUUCAAGACGUGCUAUGCUCAAGAUACCCAUGGCUUCAGAAACAUAUGUACACAGUUCUUGAGCGCUUCAGAGCGAGACAAGUUGUCGAAUCGGACGCAACAAGCAAGUAUGAAUUUUCUGAGUAGUGCAGUGUUUAGGACGUGUAUAAAGCAGCAGAAUGGACGGUGCAUGAGUAGCGUUGCUACUCCAUCCAAGCAGCACCUUGUCUCGAAAUCUGGCGUCUAUCCACAUGGAUUUCUGGCAGGCGGAGUCGCAUCUGGAAUCAAGAAGAAGGCAGGAGUCAAAGACAUGGCCAUGGUAAUAUCCCCCGAAUAUAAUUGUACCGUUGCUGGAGUCUUUACCACGAAUGCAUUUGCAUCACCAUCGGUCCAAGUCGAUAAAUCCAUCAUAACACACCUGAAAGGAACGGGAGCUCGUGGAGUCGUUGUCAAUGCUGGAUGUGCUAAUGCAUGCACUGGUGAUCAGGGACUAGAUGAUGCGUGGAAGAUGGGACAGGCUGUUGAUGCAGCUCUCAAAAGUAGUGGUAAACAGGCUAUAAUAGAUGGCAAAUCCUUAAAAGGCACAUCAUCACCGCAUGCCAAUACACUGGUAAUGUCAACGGGCGUCAUUGGCCAACAUUUGCCAAUGCCCAAGAUCUAUUCCGGAAUAUCGUCACUCGUGCCCAUACUAGGUUCUUCGCAUCAGUCAUGGAGUGAUGCUGCCACCGCAAUCAUGACUACAGACACUUUCCCGAAACUACGAUCAAAAGAAAUAACGACUACUGUAAACGGUAAACCAUACACGUAUAGAAUGGCUGGAUGGUGUAAAGGUGCUGGAAUGAUUCAUCCCAAUAUGGCAACCAUGUUGUCGUCGGUGUUUACAGAUAUCAGUAUUACGCGUGAAUGCUUGGAUAACGCUAUAAAGCAUGCUGCUGAUUGGUCGUUUAAUGCUAUUAGUGUGGAUGGAGAUAGUAGUACCAAUGACACAUUCUUGCUAUUUGCUAAUGGAGGGGCUAAUGCUGCUAAUGGGUAUGCUAAGAAUGAUGAAUCGGCCAUGAUUCGGGAUGUCAACUCGACGGAAUUUAUAGAUUUUAGAAAUCAGUUUACAGAGUUUAGCGUCGAGUUGAGUAAAUUGAUUGUGAGGGAUGGUGAAGGAGCUACCAAGUUUAUGGAUAUUCUUGUACAGGGAGCACGAACAUUCGCAGAAGCCAAACAAGUAGCAAACACAAUCGCCAAAUCACCGCUCGUGAAGACCGCUAUAUACGGCCGUGAUGCUAACUGGGGUCGUAUAAUAUGUGCGGUGGGAUAUUCGGGAAUCAAGGAUAUUGACCCAACCAAAGUCAAUAUGCAUUUUGGAGCAUGUGAUGGAUCAAAUUCGCUGCACUUGUUUAAGAAUGGAGCACCUUUUGAAGUCAAUGAAGAGGUGGCUGCUAAAAUAUUAAGUCAGGAGGAUAUAUCCAUUCGUGUUGAUUUGGGGAUGGGGAAGGCUAAGGCACAAGUUUAUACGUGUGAUUUCUCACAUGACUACAUAUCGAUCAAUGCGGAUUACAGAUCGUAA